AUGUGGAUGAGGGAGCAUGGGCACCGCCAAGAGCACUUUCUGGAUGAUGUGGGCUGCAAGGCGGUGGUGUACCUCUUCAGAGUCAUCUAGGUGCUUUCCAUCUGUACCACCUUGCUCCUCAGUGCAUUUCAAGCCAACACCAUCAGCUCCAGCCUUACCCAUAGAGAAAACGACAACAUUGGACAUGAUCAUUUGUAUUUUAUCAUGCUGCCCAAUUGUGUCCCCUUGUUUCCUCAUGAACCGCUGUGGCACAUCACUGCUCAGUUCCAUCCAGAUGAGUCCUUCACAACUUCCAACUCAUCUGUGUCCUGUGCAAACCCCCGGCUCCGGAAGCCCAUUGAUAUAGUUUUCUUGCACCUGACCCUGGUCAACACCUUCGCCAUCAUUUUUGAGUCCAUGCCCUUUAUCGUCUCCUCGUAUGGAGUCCUGUUUUUCUGGGAUGAUGCCACGUGUAAAGCAAUGCCGUUCCUGUUCAGGGUCACGCGGGGAGUGUCCACCUGCACUACCACCUUCCUGAGCUCCUUCCAGGGCCUCACCAUCAGUCCCACCCCUGCCCACUCCACUGUGCUGCGAGAUGCUGUGUUCCUGGUCCUCAUGGUGGCCACCAGCAGCUACAUGGUAACACUCCUCUACCAACACGGCCGCAGAGCCUGGCACCUCCACAGUCCCAGCCUUGCCUCCCAGCCGGCGCCCAAAAACACAGCCACCCACACCAUCCUGCUGCUGGUCAGCUGCUUUCUGUUCUUCCAUUGCUCCAACAACAUCGUGACUAUGUAUUCCUUGUACACGCUAGAGAAAUUGAACAAAUCCAAGGGUGUGCUACUGAUGUUGUCCUUCAGCUACCCCACCCUCUGCCCAUUCUUGCUCAUGAAGAAUAACAGAUUGGUUUCACCAUGGAUCACUCACUCAUGUUAUACCAAGAAUGAUCCAUUGUGA